AUCUUCUGGUUAAAUGUUAACCAGAAGUUAGUCGAUUGCCUGUCUCUUCUUAGAUAGUAGUACAGAAAAAGAUGAAGAGUCGACUAACCUCUGGUUUACCGGUUAACCAGAAAAUGAAAGGCCGGGCCGUAUACAGUCACAGAUUUACUUUGUAUUUUUCGAUUUUUGAAACGUUAAACAUUUUAAGUUGUUCCGCGAUUCUGAGUUACCUUCGAAGUUAUCUAAACUUAGCUUCCUUAGCUUGUACAUUGCUAACGGAGAUUUUUGAAAAAAAGAGAUGGACGACUUUGUACCAACGCGUGGGUCUCAAAUCAGGAAGACUGCGACGAGUGACUACGUCUCUGUGAAUUAUGAGGCGCCGAAGAAAAAGUUAAAAUCUACAGACGAUUCGGAUAAUAAGGAGCAGUCUAUGGAUAAGCCUGUGAUGAAGCCAACGCCCGCUGAGCUGAAGGCGCAACAGGAAAAGGAGAUGAAGAAGCUGCGAUACGAGGUCAUCAAAUUCGGUAUGUCCGGCUUCGAGAAACCGAAGGCAAGGAAAGCGAAGGUCGAGCUCGCCAUUAGCUUGGGCGCGAUACCCCCUAAGAACAGGAGGAUGAAUUACAAAGCGUUGAAGAUUCGCCAAAGGAUAGACAAAGAGAAGGAAAAGAAGAAGGAGGAGGAACACAAGUCUGGACUCACCAGUAGCUUGCUCAAACCCAAGUCCAAGAAAACGCAGAAGAAGGACAGUGGAAUUCUGCGCGUUUAUGGAAAAGUGUCAAAGGAUGUCUCGCUUAAGAGGAAGAAGAGCUGAAUUUAUCAGAAAAAAAACCUGUUUUUGAGACGUAAAACUUUGUCGAAAUUUGUGGAGUCUGAAGGAAACCUGUUCCAAAAUAAAGUAUCUUGUAAGGAUGUUAGAUAAAAUAAAACUAUAUACAUUUGUUAAUAAUUGCGUCUAAUUAGAUACGUUAAUUGGAAACUGUUAACCAGGUUAAAUAAGGACUUACAAUCAUCGACUCCGGACGUUAGUGAAAUUGCUCCUAUUUUUGAACACCGAUCGCCAAAUGGUGGCUGUAAUUUCAUUUGACAAACUCCGUAACAAGGUAGACCGACAAUCUUUCUGCCACACUGUACAAUUCGUUUAUACUUCUCAGGUAAACUGUAUGUAAAACAUUUACUCCUAGAUCUCACUUGAUAAGGGCCUAAACCAGAGGUCGAAACGUUUGAAAGCGUGUUCAAUAAAUGUGGCAAGCUGAGGUCGAUUAAAAUUUGAAAUUUUAUAAAUAAGGAUUGUUCUUGAAAAGUAGCGUAUGAAAGAAUUGACGAAGAAGAAGUCUGCGAAUAAAAAAUAAUACGCAACAAUCUGGCUGGUAGUUUCGGGAAAAGGACAAGAAGGGUUGCACGAAGAAAGGCAAAUUUGUAACUGCAAACAUUUAAAAUAUUUUCUGUUGAUCUCGAUACAACAUCAACUAUCUAUUGUCUAACAAUAAUAUCUCUUCUGCAUGUUGUAUACUAUGUAUGAAGAAUAACAAGUAAUAAAAUAAUAUAUUUUUAUAUAA